ACAUCAUGUGUAGUGGGUGUACAUGUACAUCCUUAAGUCUAGGGAGUGUUUAACAGGACGUAUCAGGCUUUCAUUCCAUUAGAUCAUACUGUUACUCCCGUUGUCAAAUUGAAAGAAGUUACCAGAAAAACAAGCGUAAAUUUUAUUGAUAAUUUUUUCUGAGUGGACUGAUGAUUUGAUAGAACACAUAGUGGAUAGUGUAGAGAUAACGUAACUUAUCUCAGUGUAUCUGUGAUAUAAAUAGUCCAAAGAUUGGGGCGACUGGUUUGAUAGGGGAAGAGUUGGGCUAUAGACAGACUGUGGUGAGGUGUAGUAGUAGUAAUAUUCUGUGGUGGAGCUCUCUACAACACCACACUCCACAGAAACACAAGGCAGCAGCUUAUAGAGUGUGUGGGACGCCGAACGGCACAAACCAGGGCAUCACCAAACGAAGAGGGAUCACGAAAACACGUGUCUGUGCCACUUCUCACCGAUCUCUUCAAUUUUACUUAGCAGUUUAUGUCUGCAGCACCACUUUCUGGGUAUAAGACAUGCAUUGUUACAAGGCUUGAUCAUUUGAUCUUCUUUACUGUAUAAUAGCACCACAGGAAUUGUGCGUUUACCUGUGUCGGGAAACGUUCUGUGCCAAUAUUGGAAAGUAUCUUCUUAAAUACAACAGUUAUUUAAUUAAUGCACAAGUUGUUGUAUAAAAUAUUUGUUUAUUUAAAAAAAUAUUUGUUUAUUUAUGUGGUGAAUUAUUCCAGGGCUUGAAUCAUUCCCGGAUAUUUCAGGAAGAUUGGAUAGUGAACUUUGUUGAAGGGUAUCUUUAUGUGUGUAGUUCAGUUCCAAUUGUUGUGAAAAAGUUGUAAAGAAGUGCUAUCAGCUGCUUAUACAACAGUUCCAUGUAUUAUUGAUUGCUCCAUAUUUCGGAAUUUAUAGCAACAUUUGUGAAUUCAUUGCAGGAUUCAUUUGUGAAUUUAUUGUGAAAUUUUAAUCUACAGUUGUGAAAUCUGUAAUAAUUGUGAAAUUCAAGUGUGAAGUUUAAAAUACACCUGUGAAUUUUGAAUUUGAAAUAGCCAUUGGGAAUUGUUUUCAAAUUGAGGAAAUUUGAAACCAUUUGUGAAUUUUAAAAAAAGGAAAAGGAUUGGGAUUUUAAUUAUACCGUCUAUGUGAUACCAUUUAUGUGGUCAUGGUGAAUUUAAAGAGUGGGGCUCCUGUUCAAUAUAAGGAAGUCCCGACACAUGCUGCUGAAGAUGGCGGAAGCAGUGGUGACGAAAAUACUGCCUCAAACAAUUUGACCGAAACAGUAACCGACCCUCUAACACAAAAUGGUGAUGUGGAAGCGCCAUCGUCUCCGAUCAAGGAAAAGUCUCCCACUGCUAGCCAGAAAGCUGGAAGUCCACCUGAUAAUAAAGCUUCAGGCAGCAGUCGAUUUUUUGUCUCACCUGCAAUUGUGAUUUGUGAUGAGACGGGUAACAACAUCAGUAGUGCUGAGCCCUUGGUGGAGGAAACAAAUAGCGACGGAGAUGAUAGUGAUCGAAACAAGGACAAUGAACCCCUCGCCAGCAAUGAUGAGUUAUCUCCCUUCUCAAACCAGAUGGCGCUCUAUGAGGAUGAUCUGUCAGAACGAGGCAAGAUUUCACAGAUCAUCAAUAGAAUUUCCAAUUACCAGGCUGGCAUCGAACCGAACAUCAGCGAACAAUACAGCGACAAACCUAAACAGAACAUUCCAGACAAGGCCAAGCUUGGGACGUUACUUGGUGUGUACCUGCCAACAAUACAGAACAUCUUCGGUGUGCUACUGUUUAUUCGUAUGACAUGGAUUGUGGGUAUGGCUGGGGCUCUGGAGAGCCUCGGAAUCGUCAUCAUAUGCUGUUGUACUACGAUGUUGACAGCUAUAUCGAUGAGUGCUAUAGCUACGAAUGGUGUCGUUCCCGCAGGAGGCUCAUACUUCAUGAUAUCUCGAUCGCUGGGACCGGAGUUCGGCGGAGCUGUCGGGAUUCUCUUCUAUCUGGGGACGACAGUGGCCUCAUCCAUGUAUAUCAUCGGCUCUAUAGAGAUACUGGUGAAAUACAUGGCGCCCCAGAUGUCUAUAUUUGGUGACAUGGACAUACAGGCUAACGCGUUCAACAACUACCGUGUGUACGGGACGUGUGUGCUCAUUCUCCUCGCCAUCAUCGUGUUUAUAGGCGUGGCCUUCGUCAGUAAAUUUGCUGCGUUAUCUCUCGCCUGUGUCAUUCUGUCCAUCUUCAGUAUAUAUAUCGGCAUCUUCGUAGCUAACCCGGACAGUAGUUUAUCUAUAUGUACGUUAGGGGACCGGCUGAUGUCAUCCAAAAUAGUGGAGGUCAAUGGGACGUUCAUGUGUUCCAAGAGUCCAAACAUUUCCGGAGGUAUUUUCUCAACCUAUUGCACUGUUUUCAACGGGACGACUGACUGUCGGGGGGACUACCUGGAGGACCAUCAGGCCAAGACCAUACCUGGAAUCCCUGGUCUUGGUAGCGGCGUUUUUGUCGCGAACCUGAACAACAGGUACACAAGGAAAGAUAAGAUCAUUGGUACGGACACGAGCAGUGUAUCGCAGGCCGAAAUCAUUGCCGACAUUACGUCAUCAUUCAUGGUUCUCCUAGCUAUCUACUUCCCCUCCUGUACAGGUAUCAUGGCAGGGUCCAAUAGAUCUGGAGACUUGGCUGAUGCUUCCAGGUCCAUACCAACUGGUACCAUCGCUGCCAUAGCAACAACAUCAUUUGUCUACAUCACUAGUGUGAUCUUCUUUGCUGGCACAGUGGAGGGGGACCUACUCAGAGACAAGUAUGGUGCCAGCAUCAAUGGAGGUCUGUUGGUGGCCAAGUUGGCCUGGCCUAAUGAAUGGGUCAUCCUGGUAGGCUCCUUCCUGUCCACUCUGGGGGCUGGCCUUCAGAGUCUCACAGGUGCGCCUCGACUACUGCAGGCCAUCGGUAGUGAUGGAGUUAUACCAUUCCUCAAGGUGUUCAGCGUAACCACAAAGCGAGGCGAGCCCUUUCGAGCCCUAAUCAUGACGGUGCUCAUAUCGGAGGUUGGAAUCCUCAUCGCCAGUCUGGACGACGUCGCUCCAAUCAUCACCAUGUUUUUUCUGAUGUGUUACGGAUUUGUUAAUAUGGCGUGUGCUCUACAAACUCUACUGAGGACGCCCAGCUGGCGGCCACGCUUCAGGUUUUACCAUUGGGUUCUGUCUCUGAUCGGUAUGGCGCUGUGUAUUACCCUGAUGUUCAUCUCCAGCUGGUACUACGCCCUGGCAGCCAUCGCUCUCGCCUUUUUCAUCUAUAAGUACAUUGAGUACAAGGGGGCAGAGAAAGAGUGGGGAGAUGGUAUCCGAGGUCUGGCCAUGUCUGCCGCCAGAUACUCCUUACUGAGGUUACAACAGGGUCCACCCCACACCAAAAACUGGAGACCCCAGAUCUUGGUUCUGAUGAAAAUGGAUGAAAACCUACAACCAAAGUAUCCAAACAUGAUCAACUUUGCUAGUCAGCUCAAAGCAGGUAAAGGUUUGACCUUGAUCAACAGUGUCGUAGAAGGUGACUUCAAGGAGAGGUACGCUGACGCUCAGGCAGCAAAACAGACUCUGAAUAAGCUUGUGGAAUCGACAGGAGUGAAAGGCUUCGCUGAUCUGGUUAUAUCGGCUGAUAUAACAGCGGGACUCUGCCACAUGAUCCAGAAUGCUGGUCUAGGUGGACUGCGACACAACACCGUCAUGAUUGGCUGGCCCUACGGAUGGAGGCACGACCACAAUGCCAAAAGUUACAGAGUCUUCCUAGAAGCCGUUAAGAAUAUAAACGCUGGACAGAUGGCGCUGUUAGCUGUAAAAGGCAUCAACAAUUUCCCGCCGAGCUCGGAGAAACUGAAGGGCACCAUUGAUGUAUGGUGGAUAGUUCAUGAUGGAGGUAUGCUGAUGUUACUGCCGUUCCUGUUAAAACAACACAAAGUCUGGAAGAAUUGUCGUCUGCGGAUCUUUACCGUGGCUCAACUGGAGGACAACACUAUACAAAUGAAGAAAGACCUGGAGAUAUUUAUGUACCACCUCAGAAUAGAGGCUGAGGUCGAGGUCGUGGAAAUGGCAAACUAUGAUAUAUCAGCGUACACAUAUGAACGGACUUUAAUGAUGGAACAGAGAACGGAGAUAUUAAAAGCGAUGAGGGGAGGAGGGUCCAAGCUUAGCCCCCAAGAUAUCCUGGACAAUGUACACAGGAGCCCUGCUCAGGUAAAGAUACAGCUGGAGACAGUAACGGAGGAGGGGCUCCCCACGGGGCUCAACACGGAAUCCUCGACAGAUGAGGAGAAGCUGGAGAAACACCAGUACACAUUCACACCCUCCAGCCUCAAAAGUGAUAAGAAAGCCACAUCACCCCCAAGUCCAGUCAACGACCUCCUCAGCAUGAAACCGCCAUCAUCUUGGUUUGGGCGAUCAUCGAAAACCAGCCCAAUAUUGGAACUAAAAGAUAUCAAGCCAGAUCAAAGGAAUGUGAGGAGGAUGCACACAGCCGUACGUCUCAACGAGGUGAUCAUUGAAAAAUCUCACGAGUCACAACUUGUCAUCUUAAAUCUGCCGGCCCCACCGAAGACCGAAGCUGGCGAACUUAACUAUAUGGAGUUUUUAGAAGUGCUGACCGAGGGUCUAGACCGAGUGUUAAUGGUUCGAGGAAGUGGACACGAAGUCAUCACCAUUUACUCAUAGGUCAUGUGACUGACAAUCACGGAACAGAACGAGGGAUCACCGUGCAGCGGUACAUAGGCACGUCACCAUUGAUGUACCGGCUCACAUUACCAGUAGAAACUUGUAUACAAAUUUCACUGCAAACAAUCACAUCGCAACGAUAUGAAAAUAUAUAUUAUUAACAAUAUAAUUGUUCCAAAAGUACACUGUACAACGGUUCAUUCAUUGUAUUUUCUCAUCAACAUAUCAAUCAUCACAAUGUCUAUAUUAGUAGGCUAUGCAUUUUCUGUAUUUGUUAUCAGAUGAUUUCAUGAUUUAUUUUUUCCAUAAGAAAUUGCAUUUCAUUUUUAUAAUAUUUUUUUUGUAACGAAAACAUGGCUGAUGGUUAACGUGGAGCUUUUUUAUCAUUAUAUGAAUUUCAUCUUGUUGGCUUGUAUCAGAAUAUAUAUAUAGUUACAGGAAACUAGCUCAAUUUCUUUUGUGUCGAAAGUUUAGAUUAUUGGACCAAAGAUUGUCAGAAUUUUAGAGAAAAAUUAUAUAUAGAUGGUCCCAUAAGCUAAAAUUUCAAAAUAAAACAAAAUGAUUGGAUAUCUAGCUAUGGUUCCUGCAGCUGUUAUCUGAAGGGCUCACAACUUUAUUGUGUAUAAAAAAAACAUAAAUAUAUAUAUAUAUAUAUAUGAUUAUCAAUUUGUGAUAAAGUGUAAAAAUAUUUGUGUGUGCAGGAAGAUACAUUUGUAAACAAAAAUAUCAACAGAAAUAUGUGUGAACAUGAUGAUGAAAGAGGAAGGGAGACAACCCGUUGAUAGUGAUAGAGAAAUGGAGAUGACCAUGUUUUAGAGUGAGUGUAUUUAUUUAGCUUGUGCAGAGUUAUAGUCCUUGGUAUGAGUGAGAUACACAUGUCCAUUAGUAAAGCCCUAAAUGUGUGCUUAGAACAUUUCAUUUUUAUUUGACCUUGAAGAUGACCUAUAUGACACCCUUAGAGUCACCAGACCACAGAAUACCCGGAAGUUUAUAUUUUACUCUGUUGAUUCCAGAUCCCCACCACUUUAAUUCAUUCACCCCUGAAUACACAUUUGAAAUCUUCCAAUUCAAAGGUUGGAAAAUUUCAUAUGAAAUUAUAGGGGAGAAAGAGUUAUGCCAAAUAAAAAUAUAUACCUAUGUCAAUAUCCCAUCCAAUGAGUUACCAUGAACAAUUUGGCAUCUUAGUCUACACAACUACUUUCACAAGCUGGAUAUCAUUGGAUUUAUGUUUGAAUGUAAUAACGGAAAUUUCCCCAAAAAAUACUGGCAAAAUAGUAGGAUAACUUGAUUAAGAGGGUGUAAAGAUAAAUUUUCAAAUAUUAUUUUAAAAUGUAAAAUGAUGUCAUUAAUUUAACCUGUAACAUAAUGUUUUGUUCAAUGAUGUAUUAACAAUGGGAUGUUUAGAGUUCAUAACAGUGCAGUUACAUUUUGUUUUAGAGUUACAGUAAAAUAAUUGACCCCUGACCUUUUACCUAAAACUACUAGUGCCUGUGAAUGGUGUAUUUUCAUUCCUUUCACUUUCAUCAAAUUUCACUUGAUGAAAUAAUAAGGUUUUAACAGAAAAAGGUCUAAAUUUCAGGGCAUUCAGUAUUUCAAAAGAAAAGUAGGAAAAUAUGUCAAACAUGAUCACUGGUUGUUGACGAUAACUGGUUGGUUCCAGUUCAAUGUUUGUUUGUGAAGGGUGUUUUUGUUAAGUUUAUUUUUGAAUCAUUAAGUUUCAUGUUUACUGUUAAGUCUUACUGAAGUUUCAUCAACAAGCAACAAGAAAAGAUACUUUUAAUAUAGAUAAGAUAAAAUUCUGCAUAUUUAACCCUUUCCCUCCUCUGUAACUUAAGUAAACUCUACCAUACCUUGAUCUGGAUGAGUCCAUUAUGGUCUGCAGUGGUGAAAGGGUUAAAAGAGAAACACUUCUACCAUACCUAGGAUAGAGAUGUCCUACAUAUGAGCAGAGCAGAAUCUAGCAGAAGUAAUUCUUCACAAGAAACAGGAACUGUAGAGAAAUAUUUCGAUUAAAUUCAUUGGUUCCUUGAAAUGACUUCGCUUACAGUAAACACAAAUCAUUUUCGCAGUAAGGAGAAACAAAAAGUAAUGGGAAAAUAGGAAAUUUAAAAAUAACACUGUACAAAGAAAUGCAAGUAUUUAAUUAUGCUCACAUGUAUUAUUUUUCAUAGAAGCAAUAUUUUUUGGUCACAUUUUAAUGUUUUGACGCUAUUUAGAAAUAGCUGUUUUUUUAUCACCAAUGUAUUUUAGGACUUUACAUUCUGUGCCAAAGACGUAACAGUGAAACGCUGUGAGCCAUGACUAAACGUAUUGAAAAUGUAUUUGCCAUUUGACGGGACAUUUUGAUUAUUCUGAUACACUGUAUCAAUCUCUACCCAUUUAACAUUUAUACAAAUAAACUGAAAACUGAAACAUAAUUUUGAACCAAAACCUAUACUGUUUGAAUACAAAUUUUAAAAAAAACAUCUUUAAUAAGAUUCAUCAGUUUGGAAAUAAGUAAUAUCAAACUUUUACCUCAUACACAAACAAUGUACAUAUUAAACAUGUCGUAAGGUUUCAACACCGACUGGUCCCUUUGUCGAGCUAUGACUGAGUAAGCGACCUGGGACAUUUUGCCUAUCAAUAGAGAGCGUAUACACACUGUAUCGAAUAGAUUACUGGUAGGGAACCAUUGGUAUACGUUCUCAAAUGAUAGUCAAAACAUCCCGGGUCGAGUGAUGCAAGAAAUAUACAAUUCGUCACAUCGUUUUACAGGUAAACAAUACAAAUCGCUCACUCGGUCAUAGCUUGACAAAGGGACCAGUCGGUCUUGAAAUCUUGCGACACAUUACUGUUAGUAAAUAGGUACAUUGUUUGUGUAUAAAGUAAAACUUUGAUAUAACGGUAAAAUGUUGUGUUACAUGACUGAAGUUUGUAUCGGUAUGGUCAUUCCGUGUGACAAUUUCCUUAUUAUUGAUAAUUAAAUACUGUGUUAUCCGGCUGUAAAACUAUGACCAGUAAUCAGCCCACCCUUAUCAACUGGAAUUUGGUAGAAAUACCAGCAAAUGAUAUCUUCAGUGCCCUGUAAUGUGCCCAUACCGUAUUAUUGAGUAUUUUGUGUGGCCCCCUGGGCUUGUUACAGGAUAAGUGCAGUAAUGGAUCAUUAUCGGCCUCGUAAAUUUAUAUAAGAUACAGUCAAAAAUACAUUGCAUUAUUCAUGCCAAAUUUUGUACAGUGCUAAAACAAAAUAUCAAUAUAGAAAAAAACAAAUUUAUUCGAUCAGCACAGAUUACCCAGUAAGUUGAAGUUUAAUAGAUAUCGCCUCUGUUUGGGGGAAUCAUGUAUUUCCUUUUGUUGUUGUUCUUUUCAUAUGGAUUUUUUUUUUGUCCUCGUUUGUUGACACUGGUACAUUUUGUCCUAUUUUGUUGACACUGGUACAUUUUGUCCUAGUUUGUUGUAGUUUACUGGUAUUUCGUCCUUGUGUGUCAACGCUAUGGUAUAUUUUCACAGUACGUCGACACUUCGGUAUAUUUGUUCAUAUUGAUGCUGUGGUAUAUUUUGUGCUUGUGUUGACACUGUAGUACAUUUUUAUCUGUUUGUGUUGACACUGUAGUACAUUUUGUCCUUAUAUGUUGACACUGUAGUACAUUUUGUCCUUAUGUUGACACUGUAGCACAUUUUGUCCUUAUAUGUUGACACUAGUAUAUUUUGUCCUUAUAUGUUGACACUGUAGUACAUUUUGUCCUUAUAUGUUGACACUGUAGUUCAUUUUGUCCUUAUAUGUUGACACUGUAGUUCAUUUCGUCCUUAUAUGUUGACACUGUAUUACAUUUUGUCCUUUUGUGUUGACGCUGUAGUACAUUUUGUCCUAGUGUGUUGACGAUGUAAUACAUUUUGUCCUUAUAUGUUGACGCUUUAGUACAUUUUGUCCUUAUAUGUUGACGCUUUAGUACAUUUUGUCCUUAUAUGUUGAUGCUGUAGUUCAUUUUGACCUAGUGUGUUGAUGCUAUAGUAUAUUUUAUAUAUUCUAUAUUUAAAUGUACACAAAAUGGCAAGGAUGCUAUGAUCACAGUAGGUAUGGAGGACCUGGGUUCAAACCCUAGACGAAAUUGAUGUGUAUUCCCUUCUUUAUCAAUUGUGUAACCAAGAACUAAUGUAACAGACAUGAAUAAUCGUUAUUCCUUAGCUCAUUCCAAAAACUUAUUUCAAUGGAAAUUAAUCGUUUUUAGCUCACCUGGCACGAAGUGCCAAGUGAGCUUAUGCCUUGGCGCGUCGUCCGUCGUCCG